GAUCAGGCUCUGGCAACCGUCUACAGGGCCACAAACCCCCUUUUUGUGUUUUCGCGGCGCCGCCGCCCUCAUCUCCCGCCCGCUCCUCCAUCUCCCCCUCCGGCCGCCGCAAUGCCGGUGUACCGCAUCCGCGGCGUCGACGUCGACUUCCCCUUCGACGCCUACGACUGCCAGAUCACCUACAUGGACCGCGUCCUCCAGUCCCUGCAGCAGGGCAAUAACGCGCUCCUCGAGAGCCCGACGGGGACGGGGAAGACGCUAUGCCUGCUCUGCUCUACGCUUGCGUGGCGGCGGACAUUCGGGGAGUUUCUGCGGGGCGGCGGCGGCGGCGGCAGCAGCCAGCCGUCAGGAAGCCAGCAGUCGGGGGCCUCUGCGACCCCGUUGUCGCCAUACCCCGUGAUUAUCUACGCCUCCCGGACGCAUAGCCAGCUCCGGCAGGUCAUCAAGGAGCUCAAGGCCACCAGCUACAGGCCGAAGAUGGCAGUGCUGGGCUCCCGUGAGCAGAUGUGCAUCCAUGAAGAAGUGAGCAAGCUCAGGGGAAAAGCACAGAACAAUGGUUGCCAGUUCCUCUGUAAGAAGCGCAGGUGCCGUCAUAACAACAUUGUUACUGAAUACAUGAGAAGCAACAGUGAGCUUGGAAAUGAGCCUUUUGACAUUGAAGACUUGGUUAAUAUUGGGAGAACUAAGGGCCCGUGCCCAUAUUACAUCUCCCGGGAACUUUCCAAGUCUGUUGAUAUUUUAUUUGCCCCGUAUAAUUAUCUUAUUGAUCCAGGAAAUCGGCGUUCCUUAGCUGGCAUACCAUGGGACAAUGCAGUACUUAUAUUUGAUGAAGCACACAACCUGGAAAGUAUAUGUGCAGAUGCUGCCUCUUUUGACUUGCUUCCCACUAGCCUUACUUCUUGCAUUGCGGAAGCUCAAGAGUGCAUUCAACUGUGUUCAUUCAAGAGGUCCAUUGAAAAUUCUGCUGAUAAACAAUUUGACCCAGAAAACUAUGCUAUCCUCAAAGCUCUUUUAAUGGCACUUGAGAAAAAAAUUAGUGAGUUGGUAAUUGAAUCCAAGGAGCUGGGUUACACAAAACCUGGGACUUACAUAUACGAGUUCCUCUCAGAACUGAAUAUUACGUCUGAAACAUCCAAAAAGUUAAUUGAGACUAUUGAUAGUGCUUCUUUACUACUGGAGGAAGGAAAUUCUGGUGAAACUAAAGCUGGCGCCAAGGCAAAGUCCACAGUGUCUAGAUUGGAAACAAUUAGAGACAUUCUUGACAUAAUUUUUAGGGGCGGUGGUCAAAGCCAUGCAAAGUAUUAUCGUUUUCAUGUAAAUGAAUCUCGACAAACAUCUGGUGACUCGUUGCAAGUUUUCGGUAAGGCUUCAAGGACUCUUAGUUGGUGGUGUUUUAACCCAGGGCUUGCUAUGGAGGAAUUUCUCAAGUUGGGUGUACGCUCCAUUAUAUUAACAUCUGGAACUUUAUCUCCCUUAGAGUCACUUGCCAUGGAAUUAAACCUUGAGUUUCCAGUCAGGCUAGAGAAUCCCCAUGUCAUUUCGCCAGAUCAAAUCUGGGUUGGAGUUGUGCCUGUGGGGCCUUCAGGGCAUCCACUUAAUUCUUCUUAUCGGACACGUGAGACUGAAAAGUACAAGCAAGAAUUGGGUACUGUUAUAGUUAAUUUUGCCCGUAUAGUGCCAGAUGGACUCCUUGUUUUCUUUCCUUCAUAUUCUAUGAUGGACAAGUGUAUUGACUACUGGAAAAACAGGAACCAUGAACAUUCAGUGGACGAGAACACAAUUUGGCAGAGAAUGUGCAAGUACAAGCAGCCAGUUAUAGAGCCUAGGCAGUCAUCAAACUUUCCAAAUGCAAUUGAGGACUAUGCAGCCAAACUACGCGAUUCUUCUACUUCUGGGGCAAUUUUUUUUGCAGUUUGCCGUGGCAAAGUUAGUGAGGGCCUUGAUUUUGCUGACCGUGCUGGGAGAGCUGUAAUAGUUACUGGAAUGCCUUUCUCCACUCCGACUGAUCCUAAGGUUCGGCUCAAGCGUGAGUAUUUGGAUAAUCGUGGUAAUUUGGAUAAGACGGCAACACCAUCUAAUAAGAACUCAAAGGUUUUGACAGGAGAGGAGUGGUAUGUACAACAAGCAGCAAGGGCUGUCAAUCAGGCCGUUGGACGUGUCAUCAGACAUCGCCAUGACUACGGAGCAAUUAUUUAUUGUGAUGAAAGGUUUGUGUGGUCAAAUUACCAGUCCCAGAUGUCCUAUUGGCUCAAACCUUACAUAAAGUGCUACUCAAAGUAUGGGGAAAUAGUUCAAACGUUAACAAGAUUUUUCAGAGAUAAAGUUUCUUUAGACCCUUUGGAGCCAAAAAAGAUGGAUUGUAAUGAUAGCAUAGCCCCGCUUGGAGACAAAUGUCUGCCGCAGGAGAUUCUGUUUGACUCGCCUGCCGCAUCAGUAAAUGAGCACCGGGUAACUACUGCAACCACCAGAAGAAAUAAUUAUAUGAACUUUGCCCAGAUCACCCCUACCAAUCGCGCUACCCUUUCUAUGAAACAUGGCUGUACAUCUACUUCACAACCCAUGUCCUCAAGAGGCCAGUUGUCUCAGGAUCAGGUUGUUGAUUUGACUGAUCAUGCAACUACACAUGGGCAUUCGAAGGAACAUACCUUAAAGUCUCUGAGGCUUAAAAAGGCUAAAAUAGCAGACAAUGUCUCUUCAGUAUUGCCACGUAAUGUUGAGUCGAGAGAUUUGCCUGGAUACCAAGGUGAACAAUCUACACCUCAAUCAAGGAGAAGUACUAUCGAACAAGCAUGCGAAAAGAAUGAGGCUAUUCAGGAAGGAUCUGGUGGCCACGUUUCUAUUACUGGACCAGCAUUCUUGAAGCUGGCCCGAGAAAAGCUCAGUACUGCAGAGUAUGGAGAGUUUGUUGAAUUUAUGAAGGCCUUAAAAUUGAAAAAUAUGCACAUCAAAGACUCACUCGAAGCAAUAGCGAAGCUGUUUUCUUCUCCAGGGCGACUCACGCUUCUUGAAGGGUUCAGGGUCUUUGUAUCCAAGAAUCAACUCCCAUUAUAUGAGCAGCUUGUUCGAAGAUAUAGUGCGGCUAAUACAUAAUAAUAUCGUCUGCUGCAUAUUUUAAGAUGAAAUUGUGGAAAACGUAAACAUGUGAAAUGCAGCAUGUGCUUCCUAUUUUAGACUAUGCUCGAGCAGCAAGCACAAAGAACUCCACCGAAUUCAUGCAACUAUCCGAUGGGAUUGUUGACAAAGUGUAAGCUUCUACAGUAUGUCUAGUUACUGAAGCAAAGCUUUUGCACUUUCUUGGAACAAAAAUAGCUGUCAAAGCUCGUGUAAAGCAGCUCUAAAAGCCCAACCAAACAGAGCUUAAAUGUCCAAAUGGUUUGAUUAACUGAUCUAUAUGCUUGGUAUCAGAAAGCUGAUCUGCAUCUGAAUCUACAGGUUUCUUCAUGCCAGCUAGUUAGUGAUUGCACAUAGUGUAUUGGAUCGUCAACUGUAACAAUGUAAUUAUGUUGUACUAUGUUGGAAUAAAAUUAUAUGACACAUCAGUACUUCGGUUCCCAGCUUAA